AUGGAUGAUUGUUGUUUUAGAUGCAAGCCAAGUAACCUCAAUGAUAUUUUAAGAUCCAAAAUAUUAAGAGAACAUAGAGUUAUCGCAUAUUUUAUUUGGAUCCCAACAAUAUACAUAUUUGAUCGUCCUGCAAAUGUUACCUCAUUAAUUGAUAUUUCUAAUGAGCGUGAUACGCGUAAAGUAAUUGCCAGCGAAAAACGUCAAGAAGGAAUGGAAGCUGAAGAUAAUAAUGACCUACGACAUCAUAUGCACAAUUUCACCGGCAAAGUAGAGUCCAUUUCCCCCGAUUUUUUACCUAAACCAGCUCCACUAGGUCCAUCAGGUACUACAAGCUUACUUGGUAUGCCUGGAAGGGCAUCUUCUGCCAUGAUGGCUGCUGCUUUCAAAGGCUCUGAAUCUGAAUGCUGUCCCUGGGGUGUUGCCACCAACACAGUUAAAUAUAAUCACUUCUCACCAUCAUUAUGGCUCUGCAAACCUUCGACACUAUGAACAUAACAAAAGUGGGUUCUCUACUGGAGCAUCCGAUAAAGAAAAAGAGUCUAAAGCUACAAGGACUUUAUUUGUUUGAAGUUUAGAACCAGAUAUAACGGAAAAAGAGGUACUCUCAGCUUUUGAGAGGUAUGGUUAUGUUGAACAAAUUAAUAAUAAGCGUUCUCCGAAACCUGGUGCUCUUUCUUAU